AUGGAUGCAGCUGGCGAGGUACAGCGGCUCUUGCAGCUCAUUCGAGACCGAUUGGAACGAGGAGCUCUCAAAAUUGAGCCCCGGCAUUCAUAUAAGCACUUUGUCGCCGCAUACGAGGAGAUUAUCGCAGCAUUCGAGUCUAUGGCUAUUGUAAAGAUGCCCUCAUGCAUAGUUCUCGAUGCUACUGCAAAUCUGGCAUUGGGUUUGUUUCAAAUGGGUAUGGCAGAUCUAGCGCGUUGCGUGCUUCGAGCGAAGGAGCCAGAAGCGUGUCAGGUUUUAAAAGCCGUUGCAAUAGGUGAAUCGCUACAGGCCACUGAGAAGCAAUAUGACUGCACUGCUUGUGCUCGACAACAAAGGACCCAGGAGGUAGAGAAUCAUGGAGCUGCUCCUGGUUCCACGGAGAAGUGGGAAACCUGCAAGUGCAGCUUUAAUAAGCACAUGCAUAAGAUGCAAGCUGCUGGAGGGGUCUUACUCUUGUACGCAUUUGCAACAGCUGCCCUUUUUCAAGGCGACGACCGUUGCACCGACGUGGACAAACGCAGAACUGUGUUAAGGGGGAUCCAGGGCCUAGACAUGCUACUAACAACGUGGAGUGUAGCCGCCAAGGCCAAAGGUGUAGCGUCCGCAUCAUUUCCGCUUCAACCCUUUGCGCACCAAGCAGUUGUGAUAACGGCGCGACUUUGCCAAUGCCUUAGUUCAGGCGGAUAUAGCGGCACUGCGGCUAAGAUGCUAGCGCGUUGCUUGCACCGCGUAGAGCCUUUUGAACCAAGUGCAUCUGCUUUUUACUGGAGGUUCUGGUGGCAGCUCGCUCAUCUACAUGCAGGACGGGGAGAAUGGGGAGAAGCCCACAGGAUCUGUGUUGCUAUCUCGAAGGCCAUUUUCGAGACACUGGAUGAAGCUUCAGCAGCUCAAUGGAAGCGACACGCUGGCUACAAACAUUUACUCUUUACAACGCUUCUAAUCAGGUGCAAUGGUGUGGGCUGCUCAGAUGCAUUCGAGGAACUGAAUGCUGCUGUAAAAGCAUUUGUGUCAAGUGUCUGGCCGGGCUCGGCACUCACGUCACGCCGACUAACGCACGCACGUGGCCAUGGAGACAAUACUCGAUCUGUGUGUCCCCCGUCAACAGCAGGGUGCACAAUCCUGAAUGAGCAUCUUCGCAAGCUUCCCCAUGGUGAUCUGGGAGAACGCAUUGGAGGAACAUUGACAUCCUUCAACGAGGGAUGUGCUGCUACAACCUAUCUGCGGCUGCUUCUUUCCUUAAGCCUUACGAUGCUUCAACAGGAACGCUGUGGUAGUCCUGCUGAUAUGCUAAGGAGAUUUGGGCUAAACUUAUUUGGGAACCCAGUCGUUGACAAUCUACGAUCAGAGGCUUCACGCAACGACCAGAUUUCAGUAGGAUCAGAGUCUGCGGAAGGUAAAAUUCCGCUCAAUAGGAAGCGUGAUCAUCCGAAAGGAACAACCAAGAGGAUCUCCACGGCCGCUGCAUUGCCGACGGUCAAGGAAAUUCCUGUAGAGGGCAGCUCUGCAGGGGGAAUUUUACUGAAGCUACUUGACGUUGCUGAUCCACUGCUCACUGAUAUCCUGGCUGCAGCAUUUUAUCUCGAUGCGAUCCUCAGACCGGAAUCCCACGGAGCGGUAUUGGAUACUAGGACUCCAACAGCAACAGCAGGUGAACCUGCCAGCAAAGCCCCGUCAGCGUUUCACGAUGCAGUGACACAUGGCCCUAAGAAAGGAACACGACAACACCCAGCAACGGCGCAGAGUACUGCUAGAGUCGAACGUUCCAAUAACUUCGAUGAAGCGUUCAGAGGAACCAUGCAUGCUGGACAGUGUGCAGCUGCCGCUCUACCCCUGUCUGUUCACACUGAACUCCUGUGGAGGCUCGCUGAAUUGAAGGAAUCUGCAUCUCCUGGAAAAGUUGAAAAGCUGUGGAAGGCGCUUGAAUAUCGGUUUUUUUACGCCAAUUUCUUUUGCCCCCCACUAACUGAUUUGGAUGUGUUUGAGUUUAUUGAAGAAUCCGCUGAUAGCCGGCACUCAUUGCAACAACUCGAGAAGUUGAGACAAACAGGCUGGGUUGUCGCCUCGUCCUGCGACCUCCAAGGGUUGCAUCAACUAGACGAACUCACCAAACCGAUUUUCCCGGGAGAGUCACAAGCAGCUCAGCGCACACCUCAGCAAGCCUCUGUAUGGGGUCAUCAAGCUGAAUCCUCAGGGGAACGAGCUGGUGAGCCAGUUGAUCAAAGUGGUACUACCUUGGGCACGGCAAGCUGCGCUAGGCUUCUUCUUGCUCGUUACUGGGAUUGGGAGGCCUUCUUAAGGUCAUGCAAUACCGAUUCCAAGAUCGGCCCAGUAAUAAGUAAUGAGUUUUGUUUGCCAAAGUCGGAAACCUUGGUCCAGGCUCCGGCUGGGCAAGCUUUCAAGUCAACCGAUCCCGAUUUUCCCCAAAGUGAGGCUACCACAGUACACUUGGCAGCUGAACUCAACAGUAGUCUUCCUCUAGUCUGCGGCAUGCAGCAUGUAGUUGCAAAAUCAUUCAGCGAUGCUGCCGCUAAAUAUAGAGCCAAAAUACGAAAAGUGGGAGGUGCCACGCGCACGGGAGCUGAUACAACAGUUCGCGAUGGCCUCUACCCCAAUGGUCCAGGAAGUCAGUCUCAUGCGCAGCAAAUGGUGCAAGCAGUGCAUAACUUGGAGCAUUUCUUGGAGAAGCCUUUUGUUCCUUUGUGCGCUCUCCGCCAGCCGCAUAAGCUUUUGCAGCCAAUCUUGAAUGCUCCUGUUGUUUGUCACGGGAGGAAAAUCAUUGAUUCCACAUCACAAAGCGAGGGAGCAAUCGCUGAUUGCUUGCCGAAAGGGCCUGGUCCUGAUCAAUCUGCCAUGAAGGAGAGCAACGGGAACCAACUUCAGAUGGAAAGCAUAGGUCAUUCGGGGCCCCACAGCGCGUGUACCACUGCUGGCACACUAACGAAUUCCGAAGCCGUAACUAUUCACGUAUUGCGACUAAAGACUUGUAUUGGUACCAGCGACGACAUGGAAGAAUUCUUGGUAUACACAAAGUUGGCUGCCUGCGGGUUAGGCUCUGAUGGCAAACUAGGCCCUUCGGAAGAAAAUGACUGUGUACCCGAAGGCAUGGAUACAGAGGAAAGGCAACCUCGAAUACGGUCAGCACCAGAGGGGUUCACGUGGAGACUUCGAGGCGGACCACGCUCUGCGUUGCAGAGUUGCCUCGGGGUGCAUCUCGAUUUAAUGUGUACUACAAGCGAAUCAGCUGUCUGGCCGACGCCGCCUAAUCCACGUUUUAAUCACAUGCUUGAACAUUCGAAGACUCACCCAAGGACAACGUCGGCUUCAAAGCUAAGUGUGUGGACAGAAAGCGAAGCAGACAUGCCGCUUUGCGUAGUGGCAAUAACGCUUCACCUAUGGAGCCUCUUGAAGCAACUCGAUGUUACAGAGGAGAUCGGCGACGAACAUGAGUCCCCUUCAUCAGGAGUGGGUUCAUCAGCUCCUCAGCGAGAAGCUUGCAACACUCUUUCAUCUGAGCGAGCUUAUAGGAAAAAAGCGUCGGGCUUGUCUCCGUCACCGAAUUCAAGGCUACGUCUGCUGCUUGAGGUGGGGGCCGUUUGUCAGCGGGCCAUUUCAAGUGAGGGUGUAGGCGAGCUUUUAAUGCACUUCAAGCACGAUUAUAUAUGCGAAGUUCUAUUAACGCUGUGGCAUCAUCACAUUUUGCCUCUUGCCGUGGUGCAUUCCACCACCGCCUCACCAAAAAACCAAAGCGUGGAAAGGAUGCCGCCUGAACGUGCAUACGUGGAUGAUGUCGACUUGGUGCUUUUAGAAAAAGCGGUUAAACUGGUCGCAGGAUUGAUGGUCAAGUGCAAGUUCAGUCACAUCAGGCCAUUGGCUUCCGCAGCGAAUCUAUUGUUGCACUCUAAAGGGCAACCCCUGCACCGGCCCGAGGGGCAGGAACUCCUGAAGGGGCUCAUAUGCCGUGCAGAAGCAUGCGCCUCAGUGCUGGCAAUGGCGUUUUUGGCAGCCCGCAACGCACCUGACGCACAUAUUCUACUUGGCUCGUCUGAUCCAGUGGUUUACUUGGAAAAGGCAUCAAACACGUGCGAACAAAUGCACGGUUUAUUGCACGGUGAAGCAGUUCUAUCGAGGCUCCCAAGACAUCAGCAAAUGCAGGAUAAAGGCCAAGCUUUUCUCGCAUGGGAAGCGGAAGCGGCAGAAGCGUGGAGUCUAUUAGGUCUUCUAUACAAUAUCGAGGCAAGGGUAACGCAAAAGUCCUCAAUCACAUCGUCGGCGCACUUUCCUAUCCUACAACCUACGGCAAGUAACGCUGAGAGUAAAUCAGUUGCUUCCGCACCUAAACGAGAGGACCACAAAAGGCGCAUCAGCAGAGGGCUCAAAACACGAAGACAUACCGGAGACAUUCAAUUGGACCACAAAGCGGAGACAUCCAGACGCCACUCGAAAGUUAAAUGCGGUCACAACUCCUACAGAAAGUGCUUAGAAUUAUGCGCCCUGGCGGAAUACCUACAGCCUGCAGCCGGCGCUCCCUUGGUAGCCGCUGCAGAAGAGGAAGCCUCGUACGCUGAGAUUUUAGAGGCCAAGUGGAUAACCACCGCCACUUCAAGUCCUGCUAUAGAGCCAUUGCCAGGUGCACUGGCGACUUCCAAGCCACGAUUAAAACUUCGAGCUCCUCUCCUAGUUGGUCGCGGCCCCCAGUUUUUGCUGCUAAGCCUCUCGGAAUCAUCCAUUUCUGGGCAGCCUUGGGGACCGAACAGUGGCAAAUCGUGGAAGGUGCUCUACGGAGGACCUUUGCGCAUGCAUGGUGGACUGGGCGUCUCGCGGAACCAGAAGAGCGUUGUUGGCUCAGGGCUACGGAUUGAGCCAACUGAAGUUGCACGCAUCGAAGCCUUGGCAGAAUCUGAUGCUUACGCAGUUGCAUAUGAAGAGGUCGGAGACUCUCAACUAUCGGGAGAUUUAAGCGAGAUAACGCUUCCGCUCACCUGUAACUGGCCACUCCCUUUAGGAAUGAUCCAUGCCCGCAUAUACCACGCAGCAUUAAGGUGCUCCUUGCCUCGUACUGCUGAAGCAGCUCUCAACAAAAUGUGGCAUCUGGUUACGCUACUGGAACCUGGUAUAAAAGGUGAACAGCCAAAGAAAUGGAAACUCAGGGAAAGUGCCCUCGCACGAUUAUCACCCUCCGUCAUACGCGACAUUGCGGAAAGCGUUUCCUGUUGUGACCGGGAGCGGGAGUACCGCUCUAUCCUUCCAAAUGCACGUCCCGCAUUAGUUGGUCUUCUUGAAGCUCUCUCCCGCAAGACAAUAGCCCUAGAGCUGGCGGUAUACUCCCAAAGUGCAGAUAUUGCUGAAAAGCUUCUUGCAAGCCUCCUUAACAUCCUGCAUGCUCUGUUCUACUCCUUUCCGUCCCUUCCUGUGGACAUUGUCCAGCCAAUUAUCAGGGCUUUUGCAGCUAUAGACGUGCUUCCACAAGACUCCUUUCCUCUGCGGGCGCGCGUGAUGGAAGGCGCAUUGCUUGGAUUUGGAUGCCUUGCUGCUGCUCACUUUCAGAUCCCCCUACUUCAUGGUUUAACAUGCAGGCGUUUGCCGCGUUCUUUAGCGCUUCCUGCGAGCGCCAGCUCCACAUUAUCCUCCCUGGAAAAACGUGUAGUGUUGCAUGCAUGGCUUAGUGCAUCGAUAGUAGCUGUAUGCGCAAACGAAUCUACUCCCGCUCAAUCAGCACAAUUUUUAGAAAGACUCCCUCCUCCGCCAUGGAUUGCUGACUCCAAUACCCCAGAGGGAAAGCAGUUGACCACCCUAAUUGCUGCAGUGCUUGUGGGACCUCCUAGCGACAUCAGCCUUACUGUACAGCGGUUGCUAGAGUUCGCCAAGAAUCAAUUUAGACUGCACGGUGACAGCGAGGAUUUUUCUUUGCAAGACCUUGUUAGUUCUCUUGUGUCUAUAGCUUUUAAGCGUCUCAGCAGUCACGUACAAUGGGAAGAAAGGUCACUGUUAGAGGAGAUGAUUGGAGAGGCUGAAAGCUUUUUCGAGUCAGCAGAUACGGCGGCCGCUGCGGCUUUGCACCGCUAUACGAGGGCUUGCCUUGACAUGCACGCCGGAUGCGCUGAGCCCUUGGUAGAAUGGUUGUGCUUUUGGACUCCUAACACGGACCCCUGUGACGUAGCCGAGCCUGGAAGCAUUCUUGACGGGCCUAAAAGCUUGUCCAUUCAACAAAUCACAACCCAAGCUCGUCAAAUAUACACACAGUUUAUGGAACGAAAUGAACAGCUUCUUUCUGCACAAUCAGAGGCUCGCACAUCUCUUAACGAAGACACAACUCUUUGGCUAGCCAAUCUGUCAGCAUUGCUGAUGGUGCUUCCACUGCAACUGCUCUCCCUUCACGGGCGCAUUGCAAAUGUGCCAAUAUCGUUGGGUGAGAAUAUCUUCAGUCAGCACCAGCACGGCCUAUUUGACUUCCGCGCUAUAGCAGAGAACCCAGUGCCUGAUACUGACGCUCCUAAGGAAGAAGGACUUAACGCCAUGCCGAAAGACACAUCCUUUAACUGCGAAAAGGCUGGAAUCGGAGGCAAAGACACCCUGGCAACAUCCUCAGUCGACAGUGGCGUGGGUCGUAGCCAGAUCAAUGCCACAAAAACUGCAUCUCACUGUAACGACGCCUCCCCUUUCCAUGACUCCACUAGUGCGGCUUCGAGCGCAUCUCCGAAUUUAGGGAAACGCGGCGAGCUCUUGGACCUAGUGAGCAAGAAAGCCAUGGAGCUAGAACAUUCGGUGCUUUGCAGUGCGCUUCUCCAGAUGCUUCAACGCAGCGCAGAAGCUGCAUUCCGUGCAGUGGCGAGCAACGCACCUUUAUUAGCGUAUUCAAUUGUCAUGCAACUGGGGAAUGCGCUACUUUUAGUAGACCCAGAUGAGCUAUUGAUUGCAAUUUAUCGCGAAGAUCAUUCUUCAAGCAGCCACUUGGCCAGCUCCGCAGGUGCGAAUUUUGACACCGCUGAAUUUUCCAUGGGAGCUCCUACAAGCACCGCUCGAGAAGUCACCCGAAAUGGAGAGGGAUUUACAGCGGGCAAACAGACCAAGCGGGGUGACCCUAAGGUAACUGGACGUGCAGGUGGUCUUGUAAGCUCUGGACCGACAAACUCGAGAGCAAGCAGGCCGCAGCAGUCACUUGAUACUAGACCCCCUGUUCCUUUGUGCAAUGCCGCUAGUGUGAUUGCUCAAGCCUGUGUACAUCUUGUGCUGCGCCUACUGAUGCACCAUCUCCAAGUCAAUGAGAAGGAUGAGCUGAAAAAUACAAAUUUCGAAGUAUGGAUAGAGGCUACUGAGCUGUGCCCAGAAGAAGUGGCUCCAUGCACUUCGCCGGGAUUAGAGACGUCCAACGGCAUAGUUCAGCUUUGUCAGCAUGUAUUUGACCUAAAGAAAAUUAAUGCCUUCAACCUUGGGGCAGUAUUCAUCUUCUGCAUUAGGAUCAUACUGCAUCAACGCCGCUGGCAUCAAGCUGUAGCGCUGUGCCGCGUCUUUGGACUUUUGGGCCACGGCCCACCGUUUCGCUGUGCACUUGCCCUUGGACUGUGGGCGCAGCACCGAGUCAUUUCGGAAACAGCACUAGCGCUGAAGAAAAUUCAAAAGUACAAGAUUGCAGCGCUGGCAGCCCAGGAGCUUGCACAUGACCGACUGAAGGAGGCGAAGGCUGUAGCGUUUGAGAAAGAGCCGCAAGAACCAGCGCAGGCAACGACUCAAGCAAAGAGACGGGCCACACGUGGGGUGGAACCACGGAGUGACAGCGCAGCUGCAGCUCUGGUGACCGCAGCAGAGGAAGCGGCGCAUCUCGCUGAGGAUGCUGUGGAAUUCUGGGUAGACAAAGAAGAGGCGAUGACCGUAUCUCUUACUAGGCGGAAAAAAGUGCAAAACUGGCUUGACAUCAAGCUGAGCCAGUCAUUUACUUCAAAAACUGAGGCAGAAUCAGUACUGCACGAUCUGGAGAAAGGACGCAAAACGCUGUUGGAAGCCAAGCAGGGUAUCCGAGACCCAGCCUUUACGGACCAGCUGCGGCAGAAGCUUUUAAUGCAGCACAAAAAAGCCGUUCCGGUUUUUCGGAGAGAGAAACAUUUCCAGGGCCUGUUCCGCGUACUGUGCCGGCUAGGCGACCUGUCAUGGCUUGACCAAAACCAACAACUCGCUGGCAACUCAUGGCGCGAGGCUGUUGAAGCGUGUUUUUGGAGACGAAACAUAUUAAGUGACUGGCCGUCUCUUGGAAUCCAGUUUUUCAUCCCGUCUGAAGACCAAAUUGAUAUUCGACUUAGAAGCGUUGUUCCUUUGUACCGCUGGGCUAGGCUUGUGCACCAACGGUCGCACCACGAACAGCUACAUGCAGCACUAUUAGCCUCUCGCAUCCUUUUGGGCAUAUUAACGGCUGCUGGUGACCAUCCUCUACCCGCUAACAUUGACGUCGAAGGAAAAGAAGGAACGCAGUUCUACGCUGCUCGAAGUGACGGCGGGAUAAUUAGACACCGGAUGCUACAACUCCACGGGCGACUUAGCUUGCUACCAACAUCGGUGCUCUCUCCUACUGCAGAUGCCGGAAACUCCUUUGCAGCGUAUAUCGUGGAGGCGCUUGUUUGUCGGCUCGCUGAGCUCUACGGACCGUCGAAUACUAGGCGUUUCCUCUUAGCCAGAGCUUCAUGGAUGUUUGCCGUCUGUUCCAGCUUAUCGGCCCCUCAUUUGGAGAAUGCACUGCUGGCCUGGCAGCAAGCCGCGAGACUCCUCGCGCGAGAAGGAAGGUUGCGCGCAGCUGAAAGUCUGGUAAUACGACUGCUCCAACUCUCAUCUGGUCGCCAGUCUCAAUCGUCAGAGCAUUCUACGAGGGUGGGGGCCCAUAUGCCUGAUACAAUCCUAAAAAACGAAGAAUCCUCGCAUUGUCACACACUUUCAUGGCUUCCGCACCCACCUCAUACCCCGGGGACGCACGUUACCUCCCCUUUAGAGGAGGGAGCUAUUUGCGCGCCGUUAAUCGCAGUGGAAUUACUGGUGCUUCUGGCCGAAGUCUAUAUUUCAAUGGGCUAUCCCGUAAAGGCUCUCGCGAUAUGCAAAUGGGCACGAUACUACGCAAAGGAAGCUCGUGUGGACGAUGGAGCUGCCUUUGCAGAUGCCUGCAUGCUAGCUUCCCAGGUUCUGAAGGAGUGUCCUGGGCUGUUGAGGCAAGCAAAGACAGAAUGUAGCAAAAUAAAGGAGUUUUGGGAAGAAGAUGUGGAGGGCUCUCACUGGACGGAGGGCUCAGAGUCGGAUGCAGGAGCACACUGGAGCCUAAUCAUGCAGUUAACAGCAGAAGCGCUUCAACGCACAGAGAGGCAGCUGUACUGCCUACCGAGUUCAGCGCACAGGGUCUCUCCACAUUGUGGAAAAGCCCCUCAGGACAAGCCUCCAACGUGCAUUUAUUCAAACAAGGUGGGAGAAAAAGACAAUGGGCAUGACUGCAAAACGAAAACGUCCCCGUGGGUGCAGGAUAAUCCGGAAACCAGCAUUUGGCUGCCUUCCGCGUUGCCACUGUUGCCUCACCUAGACUGUCACAAGGAAGUAGCUUGUGUUAAACAAUGCGAAUGCAAAAGCACUCAAAAGCUGUACAAUCCUUGGAGCCAACGGAGGGCUGCGCAGCUUGUUGAGCUUGCUGAGUCGCUUCCGCACCACAACAACGCCUUCGAAUACUACAAUAUAGUGACCAUGGCAGCAGAACAGCUCAGUAUUUUGGGAGAACCAAAUCCUUUAUUAUGUGUCCAUGUGUGGGUCCACCAACUUCGGUGCUUUCGCCAACAAAUGGAAGAACAGCUUCUCUCAAACCAAAAGCCAUGCGUUCCCAUCAAAAUAGGGUGCUCCAAAGAGGAUUGCCAUGUAUCAGCGUUUGACCGCAUGCUGACGGAACAACUACUAGGGUUUUUCCGAUUGGUUAAGAAAGCCACCAAUUUUGUUGAUGCUUACUGUGGUAAUGAUUGGAUUUUACAGAGAUUGCUAUUUUCAGAAGCUCUGCUCUUUUCUGUCCAGAUGCUGGCGCUGUCAAAGCACCUAGGGCAAGACACAUCACAAGCAUCAGGGAGUCCUAAUCCUUCUAAUGGAAGCAAAGAGGAUACUUUGCUAAAAAUGGCUGCACUUGGGGGAAUCAACUUAACCAUGCUAGCUCUCUGUCAGGUGGAGGCAAAACGGCAUCUGAAAAGGCAUAUCGAAAAGGCUGAUGAGCUUGGUGCAAGUCUUGACUCCUCGCGUUGUCCAAAGCCUCUGAUUAGGCUGUUCAUCGCCAUCCAAAACUCAUUUUCUACCCCAUCAUGUUUCGAAAAAAUGAUGUGCGAAGAAACUCUUACUCAUGGGGCGGCUUUGAAUGUUUUACAAGAAGCCAUUCGUCGAUAUGGAAGGCAGAAAAGCUGGAUCUCGCCAGAUCGAACACUCACGAACUGCCUGCAUCGCAUUCUCUUCAACUUGCCUAACCUCCAAGAUGUACUUGGGUUGUCCCCCUGCCUCGCCUCAAAUCCAUUUGCCAGCCUUGUUGGAUUUAUUGGAGAAUCCGGAGAGAGCUCAAAGCGAUUUACUGCUUUGACUGACACCAAUUCUAACAAGAAAGAAGCCCAAGACGAUAAAAAGAUUAGCCUCAUCGAAAUGCAGAGCUCAGAUAUAUCUUUUCUCAGAGAAAGUCUUGUGGAGUGCCUGAAAGCUCUAAAAGUUAUGGAUACGGACCCUCUUGUGCUUGCUCAGUUGAUAUGGUUGCCCCCUGGUUCUCCAAACAACCAGAGUAUAGAUCUCUUAGAGCAUUUACUAUCGGCAGCCUUUGGCGGUCCCUCAUUAGGUUCUCACAAAACUGGAAUUACACCUGUUACCCACAUCCCGCCCACCAGCUUGACAAGCGGACUAGGGUUAAACUUUGCCUUGAGCGAUGCAAAGCGUCAUUUUACCCAGCCUGCCCAAGAGUGCGCUCAUCUUCCUACAUCAGACCUGGUUGGCCUGGUUGCAAUCUUCUCUGGAAAAGAAAACAGCUAUCAAGAUGACAGCCCAGCGAUACUUAUUAGCGUCAAGGCAUACAGUAGGCAGAAGAUUCAAUUGCUCACAAGCGCCUGUCAUUCAUUAUCGCUGGAGUGGAGAAAAGGUUUGAUGGCACCGCGAAUCUUGGUCGAUCAGGACUCGGGAACUUUUAUGGCUGAUUACUGCUCACUGGAGAAGCGUACUUUGGAUGUGUUUGCUCGCAUUUACUCUACUUGUAGCGAGGGGAAGGGUGUUUCUGUAGAGGAACUGCAGGAAAUAACUACCCUGGAUACCGAUCAAAAGGAAUUCUCUCUGAAAUUAAAAGCAGCUGCCGUGGAGCCAGGUAAAAAUCGUGAGCAACACCGUCCAGAGAGCAGCAAGCGAGAUGCUAGGCUCUCGAUCAAAAGGUCCUCAGGUAUCGCAGACCCGACGUGCCCCCAGGUUGCAUCAAGUCGGCAGGAAGAGCACUCGAAGGCCUCAAAAGAGCGCUUUAGUUCAACUCCGCUUAUAGGCACUGUUACGGAAACUACUAGUGAAAAACUCAGUGGGAUAGUUCAGGAGACACCCAGACAGAGUCUAAGCGGGGACACGAUGAGUCCAAAAAGACACCGCUUACAUGCACACCAGAGCGUCGAUGACCUAUCCUCAGAAACGCUUGGCAUCCAAAAUAUGCCGUUCCAGUUUCCUGCUAGGGACUACGAUUCCCUGCCCAGGGCGGCGGUGUUACAACCCAACCUGUCGACACGAGAUUAA